ACAAUCCUUGGCCUCUUCAUAUAAUCUUUUAUAUCCACAAAUUAAAGAUCAUUUUAGCUAAUAAGAAAAAGAGCUUCAUAUAACAGCUCUCUCAAAGACAAGUAUAUGUAAAAAUAUAUUCCCAUCUCAAAUCUCUUUCUCUCUCUCACACACAAUAAAUAGACAACAAAACCUACUUUCUUUUGCUUUUCUCACAUUCCCACUAACUAAAAAAAGACACCACUCACUCACUCUCUCCUUUCUCUGCUUUUUUCAUCUUUCUUUUCUCCUUUCUUUUUUUUUUUGGAUUGUUGUAGAUCUAGAUUAAAGGAUAUAUCAAAGAGUCCCCAAAAGAUGAUCCAAGAAUUGUUAGGAGGAGGAGGAGGAGGAGGUUCUGGUCAUCAUAAUCUUCAUCAUCAUCAUCAACAUAAUCAUCAUCAUCAUCUGUUAGGUACUCCAACUCAUGGUGAUAAUCAAAAUAGGAAAAUAUCUUCCAUUAUUAAUGGAGGAGGACUUUUAGAAGCUACUACUACUACUACUACCACUACUUUACUUCAUAAUAAUUCUUCAACAGUACCAAUAACAACUCCUACUACUACUACUACUACUCCCACUACUACCACCAGCUCGGGGGCGGCGGCUACCGCUACACCGGAGAGUCUGAGGUGUCCGCGGUGCGAUUCGGCCAACACAAAGUUCUGUUACUACAACAACUACAAUCUCACUCAGCCUCGCCACUUCUGCAAGACAUGCCGCCGUUACUGGACUAAAGGUGGAGCCCUAAGGAACGUUCCGAUAGGCGGCGGUUGCCGGAAAAACAAGACUACUAUUGUGUCUUCCUCAGUUGUCUCCGGGAAGAGUGCAGCUUCUGGCGGCGGAGGAGUCGCUAAUAGUACUGGAAAGAUGAAGAUGGUGAUGAGUAGUUCGGAGAUUAAUAAUAUUGGACGGUCAGGAUUCGGCGGCGGCGGAUUAUUCGAUCUUCAUGAUCAUCAUCAACUCUCCUCUAACAGCCCAAUACUUUGGGGUUCUCCUCAGAAUUCUCAUCUCUUGGCCUUACUUAGGUCAACUACUACUCCUCCUCAAAACCCUAACCCUAACCCUAGCUCUCCACAGAAUAAUAAUAAUAUUAAUAAUAAUAGUAGUGAGUCAGUAGUAGUGAAGCAGCAGGGGGGUUUGGAUCCAGUGUCUCAGGCUCCAUCGCUUGGUCUGUGCAGCUCUUUUUGGAGGAACAAUCAAGUCAAUAAUAAUCAAAGUCAAAAUCCACAUUAUCAACAAAUCAACGGUUUGAUAAGCUCAGCUAGUCUUCCUCAUCAUAAUAAUAAUGAUAAUAAUAAUAAUGGAAUUCAAGAGAUGUAUCAGAGGUUAAGAUCGUCAUCUUCAACAACAACAUCAUCAUCACCAGCUAAUAAUAAUAAUAAUUACUAUAACGAUCAUCACUCAUCAGUUGGAGGACCAGGUGAUCAUCAAAUGGGUUUCUGGAAUAUUAAUCCUCCGCCAUUUUCAUGGCCUGAUCUUUCCACUACUACUAAUGGUGCAUACCCUUAAAAACCCUUUCAUAUAUAUAAAUUUCUUUCUUUUUUUUUUGGGAUGGGGAACUACUACAUUUUCAUCAAGAUAUAUGUUAGAAAAAUUAGGUUAAUUGGGGUUGUGUAAGGCUUUAUUAUUAAUUACAAUUUCUGUUUUUCUUUUCUCUUUUCACCACGGGUUGUAUUAAUAUCACGGGGACACUUUUUUCUUCUUCUUCUUCUUCUUCUUCUUCCUUAAUAUCAUGUAGUUGUGUGUUUUGAGGUGUGUUUAAUUCAUUAGGUUAAUUAAUUAUGGUGGUGUGUUCAGAGACUAAUAUAUGAUAAUUAAAUUAAGCAAUAUAUAUGUGUUGAGACGUUUCUGACUUA